AUGUUCGGUCCUUUCAAACCAUCAGCGCCGUUAUUCGGCGGCCUCUUAUGGAAAAUCCCCUGGCGACUCUCCGGCCCUCAAAAACUCCGACAUCGAAGACGACUACGUCGAGUAGACAAUGUAGUUGCCGUCCUGGACACCGCCCUGCAGCGGCAAGCAGCAAUAUCAACACAGCCUUUCGCGCCCACUUCUCAAUCCUCUCCACCUCCCACCCAAGCACCAAAUCACCUCAGCGCAUCAAAAGGUCAAGCCACGCCCGAUGAGCUGGCAACCACGGCUGAAGGACGGCGACUGCUCGAAGCGGAAAGAAAUGCGGACUUGGAGGCACGGCGCAAUGGAAAGGGCCCGAAGCGUGGCGACUGGGUUCCGGAAGUCACAGCACAUGGUGUCCAGGUGCCGAGUGGGCGAUUACUGAGCGAUGAGGCGCGGUUGAAUGGGACCAUCAAGCUCAUCGAGCGAUGGAAGGCGGAGAUGCCGACGGAGCAGGAGAUGUUGCCGCGGGACAAGUAUACGGUCUUCAAUCGAUACAGCAAGGGCUAUCGAAAGGGCAUUCACAAGGUCCCGAAAUGGACGAGGAUAUCGCAGCGAUUGAACCCUCCUGGCUUCUAG